AUGGCCGACGCGAUGACAUGCGACCCUAACACUGUGAAAGACGUGCUUAACCUAACCGAUGAAGCAGAUGCAUUAAAAUGGGAGUACCCGGUUGCCCAUAUUCCCCUUUUGACUGUCGUCUUGCCUUUCCUACUUCUGCUUGGCCUGUUCUCUAACGGAACAUUCUUAUUCGUAGUUUUCCGCGUUCGGUGGAUGCGUACUAUCGUCAAUCUGUACUUGGUCAACUUGGCCGUGGCCGACUUACUCUACCUGUCAGUCAGUUCACUAGAUAAACUCGGUCGAUACAUGGCGUCUCGCGUGUUGGACGACCAAUUCACCCUGGGUAAAGCUGGCUGUAUUCUCGUGUACUUCACCUCUGAUACAGCCAGCUUGGCAUCCCUCACCGUAGUGACCCUGAUUUCUAUCGAGAGGUAUCAGGCCAUCUGCCGACCCGUACGGCACCGUUUGGCCCGUAGCUGGCGGCGCGCAGCUGUACACCUUGCCACAGGAUGGUGCGUAUCACUGCUAUACGCCGGCUGCCUCGUUCCGGGAACAAGCGUCUUUGACACGUCCUGCGUUAUUUGGCCCGACGCUCCUCGCUACUCGACCUAUCCUCGCACGGUGGGAUUCUGUGCGGGGCUGAACGAAGCUGCCGUCAACGCCGUCAACGGGGCACAAACAUUGCCCUUCUUUAUAACUCUGGUCAUCAACGCCGUGCUUUUUGCAAAGAUCAACAAGCAGCUAAACCGCACGAAACCAGGGAACGAGGAACCAACAUUUUCCCGGGCUGUAUCGCGCCGUCAAGCCCAUGUCCGGCACCAAGUAUCUCGAAUGCUGCUCCUGAAUGGUGUGGUGUCUUUCCUCUGUCUUGCGCCCUGGGAGAUCACAUCUUUCUCAACGAUGCUAUCGGGACUCAUUAGGCCCGAAUCACCGAUCCUGAACAGGGAACAGCAUCUUAUUCUGGCCCAAGUGAUGCGUUCAUUCGUGUACCUCAACUCUUGUAUCAAUCCGCUGGUUUACAACGCGGCCAAUUCGCGCUACCGGAAAGCUUUCCGUCUGGCUCUUUGCCCUUGCUCUCGAAGGAAAGUCGAACCCGCAAAUCAACCAGAGACACGUCGACGUCAAGUUACCUCACGUACAGCUUUUGAAUCCAACCACCAAAGCAAUCCACGCUAA